AGUUUUUCUUUGACUCUUCCUUCGUUGCUCAGAGUGCCUCAUCCGCUUCCUCUCACACCCGCGCAUACCCCGCUCCGUCGCUUCCACACGCACACUCCUUCAUUUGGACCAGUUUGAUUCAGCAGCGGUGAUCUCUCACUGUCUCGUAAGUUUCCAGCUGCUGUUUUCUAUCCUGCUCUACAGCUCGCCGCCGUAACUACAAGAGCUCUCGAACUCGAGAGACGAACGUGUCUUGUUGUCUGACAUUGCCGCGGCAAAAUCGAUCCAAGAAGAGGGAGAGAGAGCAGUCGGUGUGCACACCGUUGUCACCGUCGUCGUCAUUGUUUUUCUUUUCUUUCCUUUGAUUGUUCCUCGACCGUGACGGUGCGUCCCCCCUUUUCACUUCCUCUCUCCUCUCUUGUGAGUGCUUACGUCGUAGUAGCCGUUGUGCUGUUGCUGCCCCUCUUCUUUUACUUUUUCUCUGUAGCUCUCUCGCCACGAUGCCCGACUUUAGCCAAUUCAUCAAGUACCUGAACGCCAACUUGUCAGCGCCCACCUUCCAAAGUGUUGCGCAGACCAGCGUCGGUGGCAAAGGCGUCUCCAGCCCCAACGGCACCACCGAGAACUUCAGCGGAGCGGCGCACAGCGACACCUCCGCGUUCUUGCGGUCAUGCGACACGACAUGGCGCAUGUUGCUGCCAAGCGACGCCGCGGCAAAGGAAAGCAACGCCCGCUCCAGCGCUGCUGCCGCGACGGCCGCGGCCCAUCAGACCCCGUCGCACCCGACUGUCACGGUGGGCCGCAUGAUGGUGUCGACCGAGGACCGCUGGCGUAUUCAAGUUCAGAUGCGGCGUGAGGAGGCCCGGAGCGGGCAGGCGCGUAAGGAGUACAACAAAAAGGUUACCCGCGCCAUCAAGGUGACCAAGGGGCCGUCGGACAACGCCUUCCCACCCGGCCGUGGCCGUCCGCUGUAG